CAAAGAUUAUGGUUGAAUUUGCUGGCAAGAUGUCAGGAAUGAAUGUCGACAAGAACCGGGGAUCGUCUGCUAGCGCAGCACUGCGCUCUCCGAUGUGCGCGAGGUGCCGGAACCACGGAGUGGUUGUCAGGUUGUUGAGACACAAGAGGUUCUGUCCCUGGAGGGAUUGCACGUGUGCACGAUGUAGCUUGAUAGCUGAACGUAGGAGGAUCAUGGCAGCGCAGGUAGCUCUUAGAAGACAGCAGGCGCAAGAAGAAACGUUGCUAUCGACAAGACUUUCGCAAUCUGAGCCAGUAAAAGUACAUUCUCUCUCGGCCUCUCCUCCCCUGAUGUACAGCAACGCCUCUAUCCACCCCAAUCAGCAAGCCAUGGACUCCGGACCCCCACAGCUAAGUCCCCCACACUCCUCCCCCGUCCACAUCUCCGCUUCUCAAUCCUCCCCCGCUCCGCUCCACUCCAAUGCGUUCGUGUCAACGGCACAGGAGACCUCACCUCUUCAGUAUAGAGGAACCCCCGCUGCUGGUCAGAAGAACACAGGCACUAGACCCGUUCAACGCUCCACCAUUGACCUCUUGGUCCAACUGUUCCCGGAGCUGCCCCAGCACCGGCUCCAGAUGAUCGCUCACACGUACGGUGAUAACAAGAUCAUGGCCAUAGAGAACGCCCUUGCUAUCCGACGAGCUCAGGAAGAAAGUGCGAUGUUGAGUUACCCCACCUUCACUAAACCCACUGCGCUGGGACAGAGAGACCUGAUGUUGCAGCACCUCACUCAGCUCUCCCAACAAGAUCAGGUCAGUCAGCUAAUCAGACCGCCUAUGUUCCCGAUUCCCACUCAAGCCCAAGCCACGAAACCCAAGCUCAGUUUCUCGAUUCAAGCCAUCAUCGAGAGUGGCAACACCAGCCCUGACUUUCAAAGGAAAAGUCCGGACAGCACGAGUGUUGUGCAAUCAUGCGAAAGUUCCUUUAGACCGGUAGUGAGUAGGAACAGUCUAGGACUCUGACACGGCCAGACUCGACUUGAAUUCUAACUUCUUGAAGUGUAACCUAUCUGCCUGGUGAAAAGUGAUAAAGUAUAAACAAGAUAUCAGAGACGAAUCUUGGGUAAGGAGUACCAAGGAUGUGUUCUCAGUUUGGAUGUGAUAAACGGAAAGACAAUAAGAAGUUGUCUCCGGAACUGCUAGCUGUGAAAUAUUUGUUAUGGAGUGGUUAAGUGAGAUAGUGAUAGUAAUAAGGACUUUCAAGCGAAUUGUUUGAUGUUGUUUUGUUUUGCGUGUUUUGCGAUUUGCUUUAGUUUGUUACUGCUAGAACGCGUGUGUGUAUUCUUAUUCUACUGCAAAGAG